AUGGCGAGUUUCUACGAGGCUGUGGACGCCGAAACAGAAGCCGACUUCAAUGCCAAGCGUGAGGAUCUAAUUGAGAAGUGCAAACCAGUGUCAGAUUACCUCGAUCUGCAUUGGUGGAAAUACAAGACAAGGAUUGUCAAACACUGUACAAACAAGUACAUGCACUUUGGUGUCCGCGAUACUUCCACAGUUGAAGGAGCGCAUGCCAAGAUCAAGAGCAAAUUGGAAUCGAGUCAAGGAGAUUUGUACACGGUGUUUAAGAAGCUUCUGAGUUGGUGGACGAUCGCGGCGUCGGAGACGCGCUUACUUAUGGAGCAAAACGCAGUCACUGCACCUCACAUAUUCCAGAAGAACCGUUAUUCCAGAGUAGCUCGUAUUAUCACACGAGCAGCUCUUGGAGAAACAGAGAGGCUGUGGAAAGAUGCGGAGAAGAUAGUAAACAGCGGGGGCUCAGCGUAG